UACGGCCAGUCCAAACAACUUUUCCAGACUUGGCUCUUCACUUCUCUGCGGCUUCGGGAGCGGACAAACCAAGUACCGAGCUUUUUCAAGAGCCACGAGCGAUAGCGACAAACCUUACCGAAACAAACCGCCAGUUUCUCUCGCACCAAAGCGUGAGGCGCUUCAUUUAUCCCCCCGCCGCGUCUGUCGGGAUUAAGAUGAGGAAUCUGUGCGUGUUGCUCCUCGUCGGUCUGGCGACGGGACUCGUCAGCGACACGCUCCUGGUCGCCUCCCAGCCGUCCUCCCUCACGGCAGAUGACCUGUACUUGGAGGGCCACACGUCGGCUGACCUCCCCGUAGAUGAUGAAGAUGGUGGUGAUGAUGAAGACUACAACUCAGGCUCUGGCUCUGGAGACGGGUUCGUUGACACUGAAGAGACACUCAGGAAGUUCCUCAACUUCUCCACGACUAAGUCUGACAAGGAAGUGGUGCCGACUCAGCCGACCCCGUCUCAGUCAACCAGGAAGCCUUCAGAGACAGACGUGGACAUGACGCCGUCUGUGUCUCCUGAGCGAGUCCAGGAUAAGGAGGCACCAGCUGUUCAGCCGACCGCUGACGGGUCCAAGAACAAACCCGUCACGCCCAGCCUGUCUCCGCGGGGAAGCACCACCAUCAGCAUGGACAUCAGCAUCACCGACGAGGUGGAGGACAACAGCCUGGAUCGAUGGGACAACCCCAAGGACAAAGAGAAGAAGAAGGACAUCCAGAAGCCUGAAGAAGAUAACGAAAUCAUGCCCAACGGCGCCAAAAGGAGCUUUGAGGAUGUGACUUCUGAGAGCAUGUGGGAGAGGACGGAGGUGCUGGCAGCUGUGAUCGCGUGUGUGGUGGUGGGCUGUAUCUGCGCCAUCUUCCUCCUCUUCAUCUUGGCCUACCGCAUGAAGAAGAAGGACGAAGGAAGCUACGACCUGGGAGACACCAAGAUCUCAGCAACGGCCUACCAGAAAGCCCCGACCAAGGAGUUCUAUGCCUGAGCGAAUGAGGAACAGUGCAUUUCAGGACGGCGAUGAAUCCACUCUGGACCUUCAGCAGCCACUGUGGGGGAGGUGGGGGAGGAGUCUCCCGGCAGAGUUCACCUCUUAUCCCACCGUGCCGCUCUUUUCUCUUUCCUUUUUUAGUCCAGAAUUAGGAAUAACACAGGAGCAAAUUUAUGGGCGUUUGGAAGACAAAUUGGAGACUGAAGCGACUGCCUUUAAACUGCCACCACUGCCUUCCUCAUCGGUGCCUUACACCUAAUUACCAGCUGCAAUGGACAUGUUUUGCUUUGAGAUCGUUCCAGAAAGGACCUAGUGAUUUCCCUAUUAAUUUCACGCCAGACUAUCAUUGUUACAUUUCAUUUUCUUCAUUGCUGUUUGUGUUUUCGAGUGAGAACCCAACAUGUUAUUCAAUACAUUGUCCAGUAUUGGUAUGAGAGAUUUUUGUUACUCUGCAGGUACUUUAUUUUUUGUUUUCCUAUUUGCAGCUCUGACCAAAUAUAAUUGUGCUUUAGUUGUCUUUUGCUACAUGUAUCUUUUAUUAGCUUUUAUAAAGGUGUGUUUGAAACGUGUACCAUGUUGCUGUAAGCCAUUUAAAGAGGGAUUCCAGUCUUGUAUGCUUUUGCACAAGUGUGCUGUUGUUAUGACUUGAUUUAAGAUCGAUGUGAGUCAGUCACAUUCCAUGAAGCCAAAGAAACUUUGUAGCAGCAGCUGGGCGUCAGAGUGAGAUGACGCGUUCAUCUGGAACACUUCAGCAGUAACACUCGAUACAAGCCUUGAACUUUAUAGACUGGAUCAGAAACAGUGCUCAAACCUGUCUCAAAUCAGUGAAAUAUUUCCCCUUAUUUUAUUUGUCUAUUUUAUAGGAGACUUUCCUGUGAGUUCAGUCGAAGCUGAGCAUCACGUUUUGGUCACUAAGUAAAGUUUAAUUUCACCAAAGCCUUUUCAACAUUGUUUACAAACACAUGUCCUAUUUUUGGUACGAAAACAUCUAAAGGUAAUCUGGAAUGCUACCUAUAACUGGAAUUACAUUUCUUCCAAGGCACUUGGAUCAAAAGUACCUCACAAGAACUGGGUAGAUAUUCACGCAUCAGCGGUACAGUCACACACUUUCUUUUAGGCAGCCUGUAAAUAUACACUAUAUGUUGAUAAUACUAUAAUUUAUAUGCAUUAAUUUAUACUUGCUUAGUCAGUUAUCCAGGUCAGUGUAUUGGUGACAAAUGAGGUUGUACAGCAUUUACUCAUGAUUGAUGAAUCCUUGUGCCUGCCCGUCUCUCGAUUUACAAGCCUAAACAAAUGCCAGCGACAAGUGGCUUUUCAGUGACUGAAUUUUCAAAAGCAGUGGACCGAGUUGAAGAGGAGUUACUGAUCAGUUGGAUCUCCAGGCAGCCGAUGGACGUGUGCGGCUGAAACUGUAACAUGAGGUUCACUACUGAAUAAACAUGGCUUCAAUCCA